UCCACCCUCCUGCUGACCAUCCCCUCUGGCUGCCCUCUGUGGCAGAACCGGUGCCUGGCCAGUCAUAGGACUCCCCUUCUCUCUUCUGUCACAUUCUGUGUGUUACAUCACCACACUCCCGGUCACUGUCCUGGCCACGUGAGGACAUGUAGCCGACUGGCAGUACAUCUCUGGGACCGUAGGUCGUAACCCUGCCCUUUGCUGGGAUUGGUUCUGGAUUUAGAUUCACAACUUAGGUGCUAAGGGUCAUUGAUUCAUUUCCAGUUGAUCUAAGUAAUCUCAGCCCCAUGACUGAAAGGCUGGGGCCUCCACAGGCCAUGAAGGAAUCACUGAGACCUCGUUUCCUUUUCUCUGGUCCUUGUUGCCCAGGAGUUCCCACCCACCGAUGAUCUGUUCUCCAAGGCCGUCCUGGGAGGAAUUUUCAGGCUGGCCUGAGUCCUGGGCUUCCCUGGACAGGCGCUGCUUUAAACUCCGGAUUUGAGGGACGCGGCUCUUUGGGCUUAACUUUGCCUGAGGCUCCUAGAGUUGGUGUGAUCUGGGCAGUGCAAGGGGGAAGGGGAGCGAUGUCUAGUGAUGAGGAGAUGUGCCUUCUUACUUUGUGAUUUAGGCUCAUCUCCAAGGGUCCUGUCUGAUUCUCGAUCUAGAAAGAGAUCUCUAUUGCAUGGUGAGUCAGGGGGCUGAGGGGAACCAGGACCGCUAGAGGCCAAGGAGCCUUUGGCAUACAGAGGCGGCCCCACCCCCAGAGGCUGGGGGACAAUGGGGGAGUCUUGUUAGGUCUGUGCCUUAGCCAGGGUUGCUGGGCUUCUUGGAAUUCGUGGGGGCGGGUCUAAGAUAAGCUCUGCUCUCUGGGCCCCACCCACCUGUCCUCCCGAUAAAUUGCCAGCACAGCUCUUGGAAGCCCUUCUGCUCAGCGCAAAAGCCUGCACCAUGGUCAUGAUCCUGGGUUACUGGGACAUUCGCGGGCUGGCUCACGCCAUCCGCCUGCUCCUGGAGUACACGGACUCACACUAUGAGGAAAAGAAGUACACGAUGGGGGACGCUCCCGACUAUGACAGAAGCCAGUGGCUGAAUGAAAAAUUCAAGCUGGGCCUGGACUUCCCCAAUCUGCCCUAUUUAAUUGACGGGGCUCACAAGGUCACCCAGAGCAACGCCAUCCUUCGCUACAUUGCUCGCAAACACAACCUAUGUGAGUGGGGCUGGGGUGGGAUGCAGGGAACAGUGCAAUCCCUGAUGUUGGACCUUCUUUUUCCACCUCAGGGCCUGAAGAAGAUCUCUGCCUACAUGAAGUCCGGCCGCUUCCUCCCACACCCGGUGUAUUCAAAGAUGGCUGUAUGGGGCAACAAGUAGGCCUGCGUGAGGGGAAAUGUGGGCAAGGAGCCAGUGCUGUGUUUUGUGCAGGAGUCCUGGGAGCAGCUGCACCUCCCUGUUCCCUGAAACCAGCUGUCUUUCUCCUCCUUUUCUUUCUGGUAACUCCCACCCAGCCUCAUUGGGCCCCUUGACCUUGUCCAGUGACAUUGAUCCAGGACCGUUACAGGUGUCCAACGCCCGACUUUUCUUCGCCGAAGUGCCCCCCCCCACCCCUGGCAUUAUCCUUCCUGCGCUCAAGCCAACCAGACCUUUCUUCUCUGACUGGCAGUUGGACUUUGUGGAGCCUGACUGUCUCCCUGGCCCUUGGGCUCUGCCUGAGUUCCUCCCAGCGCUGCGUGAGGACAAGAGUGCAGGCCUGGCUCCCCCAGCGGGGUCCCUCCCCAGCCAUGCCUGACCCCCAGUAAAGCCUUCAUCCUUA